AUGGCAGCCUUCAGUGUUCUGCGGCCUCGGGUUCCGGGAAGCUCGGGGACCUGGGCAGCGAAUCCAGAUGCUUCCACAGCUGUGUCUCCGUCGCUCCGCUUCGGGGGCCGAGAACCAGCAAGACCAACGCGAGGAGGCGCCACGGUGCAUGUCGCCCCGCACCCAGCAGGCCCGGACGCGGUUCCUCGGCGAGCGGUCGGGGCCUGCUUCUCAAAGUGCCUGCGAGCGCCUCACGCCCCUCCCCACCGGCCCCAACACCGUCUCGCCUCACCCGACCGCGGGCUUUGUCCACCCGCCGCGGUGCGGCUCCUCCCAGUCCCCGCCGGCUCCUCCCCGCCCCCUCUGCCGGCCCCACUUCCUAGGCGGCGGAGCGGGCCGGGGAGGGAAGGGUUAACCCGCGGCUCUUCCCGGCGCGGAGGGAUCCGGAGGCGAGCCGAGCGCGGUGGUGAGGCCGCCUCAGCGAAAAAAAUGUCCGCCUGA